AGUGGUUUUUUAAAUAGAUAACGUAAGGGUGGGCGGGUAUGUGAUCAAUCAUCAGUGAUCGGAACAGCACCGCCGCGUCUUUCACUUUUUUGAAAAAAGACAGAAACUUAGCAGCAACAUGAUGAGAAGGCAACAAGAUCAACAAUCUAAGCUUCUGUACGAUCUUUCCACUAUGGUUCUUAACAUUCUCCGAUCUCCAACGACGGUGCCGUUCGACUUUUCCGACCAGUUUACGGCGCCGGCGAGGCCACCGGUGCAGCAGAUUACUCCGGCGGGUUUUGCAUCCCUGCUGCUGGGUAUUUCUAUGGCUUUGAUGAUCUGUGGAUCUGUAACAUUCUUUAUUGGGUUUUUCAUGUUGCCAUGGAUUCUUGGGUUGGUGAUGGUUUUGUAUCUUGCUGGGAUUGUUUCUACUUUGUCAAUGAUUGGACGUGCCAUUUUCUGCCCUAUGCCGCCUUCCUCUCAACCGCCAAGAAAAGAUGUUCAACCCUGUAAAAUAUUGUGAAGCAAUUUAAACGUUUGUAUUGGACACCACAAGGGUGAGGAGUAUGGUGUAGCUGCCUGCAAAUGUUUAAAAAGAGGAUGCAGGAGUGGUAUACUAUAUGCUGCUCCUUAUUGCAGCCAGCGGGAGAGGACAGUUUAGGUAUUUAAAAGUGAAAAUAUUUUAUUAGCUAUUUCUUAUAGGAAAGAUCAAAAUGGUUGUGCCUCGUUAUUAUUAUUAUUUUUUUAAAUUCUCAGUGCACUAUGUUGUGUCUCUGCUGACAUUCAAGAUGUAGAAACAUUUGCUGUGAGAUUGCUGGAAAUGAAGUACAAUCAAAGCUUAAUUAGUAGUAUUUUAGCUCCUGAUAUAUGAUCAUGUCAUUUGGAAAAAUAUAAAGGAAAAUCUCCCUGUUCAAAAACGAAAAAAAGAAGGUUGUUUCUGUUCAAUUGUAAGCUGUGAAUUUGAGAACUGACAGGCUUCUUUUGCUUUAAUUUUUUUUUUUUUUUUUUGGCAAAA